UUUGCCUUUUUUUUUUUUUUAACAGAAUAAAAAGAUAGAGUUAAAAGUGAUCUUUGGAGGUUAUGUAGUGCAGUUUUCUGCUCAAAGUAUGGCUAAUGCUAAAGAUAGAUCCUGAUGCUCAGGAUCUGGAUCCCUAGGAUCUGAAAAUGUUCAUGGAUGGAGAUUCUGCAGCCUCCUUGGGCAGCCCUUCACUGUGCUUAACUGCAACCAAAGAGAUAUUUUCCCUCACAUUUCAAAUUGAGAUCUCCUUUGGUGUCAUAUGUGACUGUUUCAUCUUGUCGUUUGCCCUGAUUUUUUACACUUCUGAGGAGGAUCCAGUUCACUUUAACCUCCAAACAGAGAGCUGAAGGUAGCAAUUGAUGUCCCCACUUAGCCUUCACUUCUGAGAAGAAGCACAGCAGUCCCAGAUCCUUGAUCCUCCUCCUAUGCCGUGUGUUCCAGCCCCCUCCUUUUCCCUUUUUUGUCUGCUGGAUCCAUCGGAUAUGCCUUGGGUUUUACAAAGAAUGUGGGAGACUGUUGGGACUGGAAUUAGGUAGUAUUAAGGGAUAUACUGAUGCUUUCAAAUUAAUAAAGAUUAGUAACAGUGCGAGGUAGCCUUAAGAAAUUGUCCUUUACAAGAUCUGUGAGAAAUUUAAUUCUUAGCUUCAAGCAAAGCAAAAUUCUACACCUUAAUUUAAAAUACAGCAAUAUUAAAAUUUUAAGCAACUCAGCUGAGAUUGCCUUUUUGUCCAGUAUAUAGACACUGUCAUGUAGAAACCCCCUGCCUUAUAAGGACACUGUAACGUUCUUAUAUGCCUAAGGGUUAAAAGUGAAACAAGGUAAGCAUCACCAAAGGUUGCAGAAAGCAGUGUCACUCUCAUUUUACUUAUGGUUAUGCUGGAAUGUGGAGAAAGUACAGGACCUACUAAAUUCUAAAUAAGCAAUUCUCAAACUGAAGAUUUGCAGACUUGGAUCAUAGUUUGCAGGAGUGCAAAAGCCUUAUGGAAAUUUAUUUUGGUCUUUUGGGGUUUGUUUCUCUCCCAAGCUCACUCUCUUUGCACUUAAUAAGGUGCCUCCAAAAAUUUGGGAUUUUUUCAUCUAACUGAAAACUGAAGAACUGAGGAGGAGAGCAGGUAGGAGGUAAGACACAAAAGUAUUAUAAAAAAGAGAAUUUAAUAAAAAUGUUAAAACCAACUAAAUUCCUGCUGAGUUUUCAUAAUAACUCGCUGUCUACUUUUGUGUUCUUUUAUUUAAAACUAAACUAUGAAACAUGGCAUUAAUAGCUUCCCCAGCUGACCUGUGCUAGACAAAUGUUUUCAGUGCACUGCAGUGUGCUGUGUAAACUCUAUGUAGCAAUAAGGUGCAUAACAGUUUGGUUUAAGAUACCUAUGCUACAGAGCAAGAGAAAAAUUAGUUUUUAGAAGAAAGAAAUUAUAAAGUUGAAGAGAAAUAAAGAUAGGGUACUAUACUAAAAAAUAUAAAGAGUCUUCCAGCUCAAUAUGGAGAACAUGCUGUAUUGGGCAGUGGUCUUUCAUGUUCUCACAAAAACCUGAAAAUAUGAAUGGGGAAGGAAUAUUGUGGCUUGAAAGAUCUAGAGAGGAAGGUUAAAGGCAUAUUGCAUGACCUGCUCAAGGAGCUUCUGCAGGAGAGGAGGAAAACUAGAAAAAUGCAGCAAAACUACCCCAUGGAGGACCAAGAGGAUAAGUGCCUUUCCGCCUAUAAAGAUUUGAAAGUAGUGGUGUCCUAUACACCAGAACCAAAGCACAGGCAGCAGUAGCCCAUUUGUCCAGGCUACCCAUCCACUCUCUGUAGGUUACCAUGAAGUACCAGAGCUGACAUCCAAAGUCACAGGCUGCAGGACACACCUGAGCUGGGAGAGUAAUUGUACCCUUAGAAUGGCAGGCUGCCUGUCCUGCCUGCUGAGGGCUGUGCUAUGAAAUAAACUAAUAGAAAACAGUGUAUUGCAGGGCUGUGUCCUUUCAAUGAUACUCCAUUCUUCAUUUUCCCUUUUGGUGUCCUAAUUUUUUCUCUAUUUUUCUAGUUAAUACAAAUCCAUAUCUUUACUUUUCCUCUUUGAUGUUUUAAGCUAUUUAGUCUGAUUUUAGGUUCAGACUGGCCUAGUCACUAGAUAAGCUCUGUUCUUUAACUGUCUUCAACAUACUUCAAGUGUCUUUUCACUCUGAGCUGAAGUGUGGACCACUGUUAUAAUCAACCCUGAGUUAAAGGUCAGCUCGUGGCUUUAGCACAGGUGUGUACUUCAUGGACUCCCAGAAUGGUUUGGGUUGGAAGGGACCCUCAAGCUUAUCUCAUUCUGACCCACCUGCCAUGGGCAGGGUCACCUCCCACUAGACCAGGUUGUUCAGAGCCCUGCCCAACCUGGCCUUGAACACUUCCAGGGAGGGGGCAUCGACAACUUCUCUGGGCAACCUCUGCCAGGCCCCAUCACUCUAACAGUUAAGAGUUUUUGCACAACAGCUAAUCUAUAUGUACUAUCUUUGUUUAAAACCAUUCCUCCUUGUCCUGUCAUUAUAUGCCUUUGCAAAAAGUCUUUCCCCAUCUUUCUUGUAGGCUCCCUUUAGGUACAAUAAGGUGCUAUAAGCUCUCCCUGGAACCUUCUCUUCUCAAGGCAGAACAACCUCAUCUCUCUCAGCCUGUCUUCUUAGGAGAGGUGCUCCAGUCCCCUGAUCAUCCCCCUGUGGUCCUCUGGACUCACUCCAGCAGGCCCAUGUCCUGCUGAUAUUGAGGGCCCCAGAGCUGGACUUCCUCCAACAGUCUGCUUGACUUGGAGUUUGAAUGGAUGAUCACAUCCCAAGGGGUGUGUGUGUUACCUGAGCCAUCUGGUUAAGCCUGUUUGAGAUCAGUGUUGCCUAAACAAACCCUGCUGUCUUGACGUGUAGCAUGUCAUGUAUGUAAAGCAAUGCACACAUUAUUGCCAUUAAAUGAAUGAUUACCUGCGAAGCCUUAGAUCAUAAAUCCUUUGAUCUGAUUAUGAAAGCAGGGUAAUGUUAGGAAAAGCCCAGUACAGAGUUUUCUUAAGAGGCUCACCACAGCUCUCUAUAUAUAAAGUAACCAAAUGAUUGCUAGCUUACCUUUUUCUGUGUGUUUCCUAUCUCUUCUGCAAGGUUCAGAGAACCUCUCCAAAGUUUAGGUACCAUUAUUGAUCCAAGUCUGCUAAUGAGUGCAUCUUAUUAGUUUAUUACAACGUCUUGUGCAUCACCACAAGUGUGGUACUUUCUAUGGUGCUUCUCACUUAAUAAAAUCCCUUCCAGAUUAUUUUCCUUUACAAUCAGGAAACCAAGAUGAACACAGAUUUAAGCCUAGAUUUUCAUUAACUUUUGUGUGGGCGAUUUGGUUUACCUAAAACUUGCUUCAACAUAUUUUAAGUGUUUCUGUUUCUCCACAUGGGUUAUAUGGGACUGGUUCUAUAGUACAUUACUGUCCUCCUGAUGGUCUGUGCCAGCUCUUCACUCACCUUUUGCCAUGUAACACAUGAAGCAAAGCAGGGGAGUAGUGCUUGCAUUGUCUCCUUGCAUACAGAUUUGACCCAAAAUACCAGCUUGUAGCAACUGAGGGUGCUGAGCUCAUACUGCUUACAGAAGGUAUUUCUUUUCAGUCCACUUACCUCUCACCUCCAUCCUUUGUUGGAGAUUUUAGUAUAGAAUCUGUUUAUCGAAGGGCUGAGUGGAAUUAAUGCCUUUUUCUGAUUACUUAGGCAAGCUGAAGUCUGCAAUCUCGAUUGCAGACUAUCAAGGUUCUGCCUCAGUCUUUAUUCUAAUUCACAUAAAUUGCAAAUAAAUGUUUAUUGGGUUCUAGAUUUGGCUGGUGCUUGGUAUCUGAGAGUGUCUUCCUAUCCAAUGCAAUUCUCACUUUGGUGAAAUUCUCCAAGCAAGAUGUUAUCCACUUUCAUCUCUUGCUUGUCCUGUGCAAUCCAACUCUUUUUCUGAGAUCCCUUUCUGAAUGCACAAAUGGCUGGCUCCUGUUUUAUUUUCUGCCACCUUCUCUCCCUGCUCAGUGCAAACAGACAACAACAUUAUUUUCCAAAUAUCUUAUUGUUGCCUUUCAGACUGCCAAGGCUGACUGAUAAGCAGUGAUUAAAAACGAGUUUGAGUACAUCACUGGGUGAUUCUGCACAUUGCUUGGAGCUCUGAGGUGGUGUGGGUACUGUGUGAGCUUCUCUGUGAUAUGCCUGGCCUUCCUACUCUCUUAAUUGCCCUUGAAGCUUGACAAGAGCUACUUUGCCAGCAAAGCAUGCAAGUUCCCUGGAGGAUUUAUCUUUGGGGAAAUGUAACCUGAAUAUGUCAGCUUUAACUCAAUUGGCAUCAUGUGAGCUAACGGGUAAAAGGAGUGCAUGUUAGUUUAUCAAAGAAAUUAGAAAGCACACAGCAAGAAAAAGAAAUUACAAUGAUACAUAACUCCAAAUCCUACUUCUGAACAUAAUUUUUCCUUUUGUUCAUGUUCUGGCUAACCUAGUCUUCCAGCAAUGUCUCCAAAAUGGAGCAAGCAGAAAUGGUCAAAUGUAACAUCUCUCCUCUCUCCCGUCUUGGAACACUGUCUACAAACUUCCAUUAUGUUCUUCAGGUAGUACCUUCCUCACAUGCUAAGGAUCUGUAUUAUUGAAGAGUGAUUUGUAACUUAGGUAACACUUGACACAUUUGCUUAUUCAUUGUAUCAGGCUGGGUAUUUUUCAGAAACCAUGACACGGCUAAAAGUACCAUAGAUGGCAUGAGAUGUCAAAGUGCAUUUUCUAAGCCACUUUUUUUUCCUCUAUCAAUUGUUGGAGCUCCUGGUACCAAAUCCACAUGGGAGAUGGGGACCAGGACAUGGGGAGCAGUUUUUGAAUGUAGCAAAGCAGGGAAAAACAGUAGCAGCAAGAGUAACCUGAUAACUGAAAUAAUCCAGACCAUAUAACUUUUAAAGAACCUCUUACAUCUACUCUUUCUGGUAAAAAAGGAGCUUUUUGGAUUCCUGAGCAAUGGGAUUGAUCAGUUUGAACUCAGAUCCUUACAGGUGUUCCUCUGUCUAGACAUAUCAAUAGUACUGUUAGUGGACUUUACUUUCGCUAACAAAGUACUUCUUUAAGUAAGUUAAAGUGAUCCACCCAUCACCUCCAAGCAUCACAGCAAUAAAGGGAGUGGAGCAAAGUCACUGUCAAAUACACUUAGUGGAGUUUGCUCAUGAGUGAGACACCAAUAUAUGUAAAUAUUAUACUGCUUCAGCUCCUACUAAGACUGGACUCCAACUCCUACUAAGAUUGUCUUCGUACAGUAUUGUUCUUUCUAUAACUGGUUGAAUGCCCUUUUCUGAUACUUUUGGUGCUGUCAUGGAACCUCCUGUUCUUUGUUACAUCUUUGGAAAGGAGGCAAAGGAUACAUCUCUCACUUUCUGUGCCUAACAGUCAGUAACUGAACUGUGAAUGUACAUACUUUUUGUGUCUUCAGGGUAAUGCUGGACUGGUGUUUCUAUGUGCUGGUUUUGACUAGGGCAGAGCUAAUUAGCUAGUAUGGAGCCUUGUUUUGGAUUUGUGCUGAACACAGUGUUGAUUAUAUUCUAUACCAUAUAGCAUCAUAAUCAGCUGUGGGGAGAACAAAAGGGGGGACAUUCAGAGUGAUGGCAUGUGUCUCCCCAAGUCACUAUUACACAUGAUGGAUCCCCAUUCUGGAGAUGGCUGAACAUCUGCCUGGUCACAGGAAGCAGCGAAGGUUUUGCUUUCUUGUGUGUGCAGCUUUUGCAUUCCCUAUAGCUUAAUAGGCAACACUAAUAACUUACUAGACAAUUUAGUCUUUAUCUCAGCCAACGAGUUUUCUCAUUUCUCUGUUUCUCUCCCCAGUCCUGGUGAGGGAAAGAGCAGUCAGACGGAGCUCAAGCAGUUUGGUGAGUAAAGGAAGGGGAAGAACAAGAGGAGAAAUGCGUUAAAUGCUGCUACCUAAAAUCAGAGGCUGCAAUGCCAGCAGCAGCUGCCGCGGAGAGAGCAGCGAUACCCUCUGCUGGCAGGGAGACACGUCCGGGAACGCCACCGGAGCCGGUUUUGUUUCUCAGAAUCACAGAAUUAUUCCCUUUCGGAGAUCGUCCCCUCCAGCCCCCCCGCCACCAUGGCACGGUCACCUGGAGCACCUGGAGCAGGUGACACAGGAACGCGUCCGGGUGGGUUUGAACGUCUCCAGAGGGGGAGAGUCCAUGUCCUCUCCAGGCAGCGGUUCCAGAGCUCUGCCACCCCUCAAACGUGACAAAGUUCUUCAUAUUGUGGUGGAACUUCCUGUGUUUUAGUUUAUGGCCAUUGCUCCUCGUCCUGUCGCUGGGCACCACCCUCCUGGCACCCGCCUCGGAGGUAGUUACAGGCAUUAAUGAGAACCUCUGUCAGUCUCCUCCAGACUAAACAGGCCCAGCUCCCGCUGCCUUUCCUCACAAGGCAGAGAUGCCCCACACCAUCCUCGUCUUCAUGGCCUCUGCUGGACCCCUCCCGUGGCUCUCUGUGCCGAGGAGCCCAGAGCUGGACACAGCACCCCGGCUGUGCCUCACCACGCUCCGGGCGGGCGGGGGUCCGGCCGGCCCUCCCUCCCUCCCUCCCUCGCAGCUGUCCCGUCCCCGUCCCACUGUCCCGUUCCGUGUCCCGGCGCCGCGCGUUAUCAGCGCGCUCGCGACGACCCCACCCCGCGCCGCCCAUUGGCCGCCCACGAUCACCUGAGCCUGCCGGUCCCGCCCCGUGCCCCGCCCCAUUGGCCGCCGCUCCGCCAGCGGCGGGAGCCGAUUGGCCUCGGGAGCCGCCGCUCCGCCGCCCCCCCGCAGCGCGGCCCCGCCCCCGCCGUUUCUCUGCGCCCCGGCCUCCGCCGCGUCGGGAUGAGCCGCGCUUCCCUAUGGAGACCAAACGGGCCGAGAUCCCCAGCAGCGUCCUGGACGACCUAUGCAGCCGAUUUAUUUUGCACAUUCCAAGUGAAGAGAGAGACAAUGCAAUCAGAGUUUGUUUUCAGAUUGAACUUGCCCAUUGGUUUUAUUUGGAUUUCUACAUGCAAAACACACCAGGAUUACCUCAGUGUGGGAUAAGAGACUUUGCUAAAGCUGUCUUCAGUCACUGCCCCUUUUUACUGCCUCAAGGUGAAGAUGUACAGAAGGUUUUAGAUGAGUGGAAAGAAUACAAAAUGGGAGUGCCAACCUAUGGUGCAAUCAUCCUUGAUGAGACACUUGAAAAUGUUCUUUUGGUUCAGGGCUAUUUAGCAAAAUCUGGUUGGGGAUUUCCAAAAGGGAAAGUAAAUAAAGAAGAGGCACCUCAUGACUGUGCUGCUAGAGAGGUGUUUGAAGAAACUGGGUUUGACAUAAAAGAUUAUAUCUGCAAAGAGGACUACAUUGAGCUGCGAAUCAAUGAUCAGUUAGCACGGCUGUAUAUCAUUCCUGGAGUUCCCAAGAACACGAAGUUCAACCCCAAAACUAGAAGGGAAAUUCGGAAUAUUGAGUGGUUUUCCAUCGACAAAUUACCAUGCCACAGAAAUGACAUGACCCCAAAGUCCAAGUUGGGUUUGGCACCUAACAAAUUUUUUAUGGCAAUUCCUUUCAUCAGACCAUUGAGGGAAUGGAUUUCCCGAAGGAAUGGAGAUUCCUCAGACAGUGACAAUGGUUUUUCAUCUGCAGGGAGCACACCCUCUAAGCCCAACUUGGAAAAAGCUAGAUCCAAACUUCGCUGUAGUCAACAGGUGUUUACAGAUGGCUUUUCAGGAGAGCACUUGGUGAAGCCAAAACAGCCACAGAAGCCAUAUAAUCAUCCUGAGGUGUCUGAAGUUUUGAAAAUAAAGCAGAGUCAGAGCCUGAGGAACAAUGGCAGAAAGCAAAAUCAAGACACUUCCAGCCAAAAGAAGCGAACAAAUGGACUGCAUAGUCAACCAGUUAAGCAAAACCAUAACUUGAAAUGUGAAAAAAGGCUUAAUCCAAGAAGACUUCAGGAUAACUUUGAAACAGAAGCAGCAUACGAGAUGUGUUGCUCCAGCGAAGAUGUGCUGCCAGAACAUGUAGACGGACAUUCUGUGGCAUGCAAUGGCCAUUACAAAUUUGUUUUUUCAUCAAGAGCUUUCUUGAGUUUCAAGUUUGACCAUGAUGCCAUAAUGAAAAGUUUUGACCUCUGACAGCAAACUUAUUAUGAGUAAGAAUUAGACUUGCCUGUUGCAACGGAGGGGGUUUCUUAUCCAGCCUUACUCUUUCUCAGGAGUUUUUUAUUUUGUUUUGUUUGUUUGUUUUUGAAUGCAAUGCAGGGACUGACUGCUGGUUUGGAAAGGUUUGUUCUCUUUGCAGUAUGGGAGUGGCAUAGUCAAGUGUUGCACUUUAAAUGCAGUCUAGCCUUUGUCCACAAAAGUACCUUUCCAAUGUUCAGUUCACUUGUUCCUAGCUGUGCAUUAGAGGGCAUUCUUUUUACUUGUGGUUUUUUUUUUUGUGGUUUGAAUUUUUUUUUUAUUGUAACUUGCCGUGUGUUUUGUAGAAUGUCAUUGACUUUUUUUUAACUGUUGGAGUAUACCAGCUUGCUAACCUUUUAACUGUUCUGAUGUAAAUUAUUGGACUUGUUUGUCAUUAUUUUGUAGAACAUUGCAAUAUACACAGUGGCAAUGAAACUAAUUCUCAGAGGACAGCUCUGUCCUAGUGAUUUUGAAACCAAGUUGCACAUUUCAAACCUAGUCUCAGCCUGUCAUCCUUUCUCUGUACUGAUUGUUUGCCCCAAAUACCUUCCCUCCUUCACACUGAUAGUUUUUGUUGGCUGGCAAUCACUAGUACUUGAGUCAAAUAUAUAGAGUGUUGACUUUUUGUACCUACUCUUCCUUGGUCUUCAAUAAUGACACUCAAACUGGGUAAAACUCAGUCCUUCAAAGUGUCUAACUUAGCUCUUGUGCACUGCCCACAGCUGCAUAAGAAGAAGUUACAAAGCAGCUGCUUGCGGAAAAAGAGAAGCUUAAACUUGUCUGUGAGAGGUAACUUGCGUAGAAUUUAUACUGAAUGUAAAUAAGCCUCUGUAGAUCUCACUGAGGAGGAGGGCAGGUGCAUGGGUGAUAGAGGCAUUGUGUGACACUGAACAGCUUAAUCAGGCUUCCAAUAACUGUUCCAAGGGUGUUCAGUAUUGUAUCCUGUGCUGUUGUCCUCAGAUAUCUUGUGUAGUGUAUCUGCUCUGUAUAUAUCCAGUAGUAUUGAAUUGCACUUGCAGUUAGCAUUUAAAUGAUUUAGCCUCAGUCAUUUUUCAGCUACACUGCUUUCUUAGGAAAAACAUGAAAGAUGGGGUGGAGAUAGAGGGGAGGAACAAAAAACCUGUAAGAGUUGGGGUGAUGAGCUGUUACAUCUCCUGCAGGUCAGUGGGUUUUGAGCAUCUGUGUUGCAGUGAAGAGAAAUGCACUGAAAUCAUUUGUCACAGCAGCUUGUGAUAGCAAGCAUGUCCCAGAUUUAAAAAUGGACUUUUCUCUAGAAUAGAGGUAAUUGAUAACUUGAUAGGUUGAAUGAACUACACCCUUGUAGUGUAUCUACAUGCACUGAGUUUUUAUGCAACUCAUAUAUGUCAUCCAAAACCAAAAUCCUGGUCUUCCUUCAACCACCCUACUUCAUACACCCUACCUAGCGUUUUCCUCAGAAAUAGCUUUAGAACUUUCUCCUGGUUUAUUCACCUGUCUGGCACCAGGUGAUUUGGAACUCUAAUGCUGUAAUAAUUUUGGCCAUGGGAUCGUUCAACUUCUGUAUCAGUCAACAGGAGAAAUGGACUACAGCAUUUCCUCCUUCUGGAGGACAAGGGUUCUGAGGGCCUUGUUUUUCAAGACCAAAUUGUGAAAUAGCUCAAUCUAGCUUUGACUCACUUUUUUUUUUUUCUUUUUUUUUUUUUCUUUUUUUCUUAAACGUAUCCAAAGGCCAUACAAUGACAAAGAAGAGUAAUUGAGAGGGUAGGAUAAUGCUGGAAAAGGUUAUGUUAUUCAGCUUCAGGUGAAAACUAAUAUUUUGUUACUUCUUUGUGCUGUUUUAGUUGAUUUCCCAGCAAAAGUGCCUUUACUCAUGGUGAGGCAGAAGUUUGUAUCAUAUCCUGAGGCUGCUACUGCCUGUGGAGCUAAUAGGACUCUCCUAAGGCAUAAUUAAAUAACGGGCUGUGGAAAUCUUUUUAUAAAUAAGUUGACUUUUCAGAUAAAUUAGUUAUAGAUAAUUUAGUGCUCUGUGAAAUAAUGGGGAUGUUGAUGAAGCAGUGAACUUGGAGCAUCUGUCUUCUGUUUGGGAAGUCCUGUCCCAGGCAAGAGGAAGUCUUUAGAACAAUGGAAGCAUGUUCUAUGAAUAGGAGAUGCUGGCUGCCCUCUGUUUACUGUGUAAUAUUUUCUUCUUAGUGAAAGCUUGGUCCAGUAUAAGAGACAUUGGUUGCUUCAUUAAGCAACCCAAAGUGAAGCUUAUACAUAUGUAAUUCAUUUUAGUAAACCUAGCCUUAAUGUGAGUUGCAAAUAAAUGUGAUAAAUAUGCAAUAACUUCUUUGUAUAAGGGUACAGUUUCCUUUAGUAGCAUUGCUUUCUGCUUUCGUAGUAAGGUUUAUCCUAAAACUAUGUAAAUGUGGUGGCAUGUGAUCCACUUGGUGGGCUCCAACGUGCCCUGCACCACGAACAUUUUGUUUACUGUUGUUUAUGUUCUUAUUUCACCAUCCCUUUAUAAUUGUAUUUCUAAGUUUAGAAGUACUGUUUACAUUAUCUUCCAUAAAACAGUGAAGAAAUACUGCAAGUGAGAUACAGGCUUUAGUUCUGUGAGUUUUUACUUUACAGGAGCUAGACACAGGGAAAUGGGAACUGUAUGCAUGUCCGACUCGAGAGCUGGUGUUGAGAUACUUGAAAAACAAACACUGUCAAUUUGAGAAUGCUGCCAUGUUAGGGGUUAUUCAUAUAAUAAAUGGUCAGUUAGUGUUCUUGGAAUCAACGUGCAGAGUAAACAAAUAUUUAGCAAAAAUCCUACAGCCGUGUGGUGCUAGGAAUCUGGUACUAGUGUGCAGUUUCUAGUACUAUAUCAACUCCCUGCUUUAGCAUAAGGUUUUUAGCAUGUCUUCUCAGAAUGCUUCUAUACUUUCACCUUGGACUGAAGAAUGGCCUGCCCAGUUAGUUAAGUGACUGAAGUGCUGCUGACUUCAGCUCCUUGAUGUACAUCAAUCAUCCAGCUUUUGAAAGUAACUGUGUUUUGCAUAGUUUGAAGUCUGGCAACAGUGAUUCUGGGAAGGAGAGGGGGGAAACAGCUUUACUUAUUGCACAGAGUAUUAUUUUUUACCACAAUGUAAAUUCUUUAGACCAAACAUGCAUAAAUUGUUUCUAAUGAACUUUUGGGCCUAAUCACUGUUCCAGGCUUCUGUGCUGUGUUUCAACCUUCCUGAACUAAUUUGGUGAUUUGAGAACAAUACUUAGUGAUUUUCUUUCACCUAACUGUGGCAGUUACAGAUGUAACAGUUGCUUUUAGAAACAAGGCAGGCUUCAGGUCUGGCUACUUCUAACAUACUUGCUCUCAGAUUGUAAUUUCAGAUAAGAACACAGUUCUUCCAACCUUUACUUAAUGUGGUGAUUUGCUUUUGCACUCAUGCCAUUAUGGUGUGAAAAGCAAAGAGUCUACAUUAAGAAUCCAAACUCCAAUAUCCUGUGGUGCAAGACAGCACUGCUGCUCCAGGGGUAACUGACUGUCCAGUUGUGGGGUCAGUGGGUUGCUUAAUCCUCAGAUACUUGGGGUUUUGUUACAAAUUCUGAGCAACAGGUUUCUUUUCCAGAGGUAAAGCCAGGUGCCUUCAUGUUUGAAGUUAGGAGGUUAUAUUCUAAAUGUGUUAGGAAGCUCAUAGUUACUGAGAAUUAGUAGAAUAGUCUCUCUUGUUGAUACUGAUUUCUGUAAAUAAACCAAUUUUAAGUCUUGCACUGUAAAUGUUAAAUAAUCUGGUGCUUAUACACAACUUCAUAAUUUCAAAUUGUUUUUUGUUACUACAAUAUUUCAGCUUUUGAAACAACCAAAAUUAUUUCAGAUAUGGUAAAUUUAUACAAACUAACUGAAGGUGCUUUUACAGUAAAUUAGACUUAGAAACUCUUCUGUAAUAGGUUUUUGUUCAUAUGCAUUUAUAGCAAUAGUGUAGUCAAGAAUGGAAGUAGGCUAAAUGCUAGUAUUUGCACUGUUCUUAAUCCCAUAUGUAAGCACUGAUAGAUGCAGUAGGUUUUGUGCUGUGUGUGCAUUUCACUUUUUCAUGUAGCUUGUGAACUUAAAAGGAAGUCAACAUUAAACAACAAUGACAUUGGCCACAUUCAAGAUUGUACCAGAGGAACUAUUCCAGAUUGGUAGCAGUAUAAUGAAACAAAAUACGUGGGGUGUGUCUUUCCAUUGAAAAUGUUAGGUUUAGCAAGACUUAACUUUUUGUACGGAUUCAGCUUUACAGAAACUCUUAUCUUUAAAUUGUUCUCAGCUCUGAGUGCUUUUGGGAAGUCAAAAGUGGCUUUGAGUCCUCCUUCAGUUCUUCCAGGAAUAAACAAGCUUCCUUUUAAGUAACUGCUAACAUUUCAUAGAGUACAGAAUGUUUAAAUUUGGAAAGGUCUCUAUGGAUUUUACUGAAAACAGAGUGUUUUGUAAUUUCUAAGCAUUUAUUAUCAGAAGAACUAGCUUCUUGUUUCCAGUAUAGGUUACAGUUCAGUGCCUUUAAGAAAAUGAUUACAGCUCAUAGAGCAUUAAUCAUUUUAAAAUAAGGCACUCAUAGCUUUUUGAGAAAACACAUCUUGCAAACACAGUUCUCUAUGACACAUUUCCAAUGGUGAGAAGAACUUUGCAAAUUUUUUUAAGCAUGUUUGAUCAAACUUACUAAACUGUGGGGAUGAAAUUUGUAUCUUACUGGUUGGUUACAUAAUUUUGUUAUGCAGAAAAUAUACGGAAAACUGCAUGAUUAAGAGCUCUCAGCAAAUACUUCUCAUGACAAUACUUGCAACAGAACUUUACUGUGUCUGCAUGGCACUGCACUAUGUGGAAGUUUAACUUCAUCCCUGAGGAGCAGUUUAGCUGGGUUUGCAAGGCACUUUUACCAUUAAAAAGCAAAACAGACCCCCAGAAGAAGGUGUGGGGUUGUUAAGUCAGGCAGAAUGCUUGAUCAGUGUUCAUGUUCCAGGACUCAGACUUGAGUAUUGCUUCCAAACAAUGACACUUUUCAGGGCAGCGCUGCAUGCCUCGCAGAAAACAGGAGCCAGUGCUUUGUGGUGUGGCUCAGGCAUGAAGAGUUAUGUCUUCCUCCUGUUUGUUAAAGAUCAAGAACUUGAUCUGUUUUCCUCUGUGUGUAAGUGGCACAUCGGUGCUCAUUAAGUAGAAAGUACGUACAGCUAAAGAGUUAAAAUUAUUACAGAUUUUAUACAACUUCCAUUAUGUUCUUUUGAAGAAAGUUUGCAUUAGUCAGCUCUUCAGUUGUAUUAAGUAGAAUCUGUAACUACCUGUAACAUCUACUGUACUGAUUAUUGUGAUUUUGUUUGUUAUAAAUUGAUUCAAAACUGAAGCACACCAUUUAGGAGACUAUAACUAAGUUAACAUUUUCUUCUAUGUUGUUAUUUUUUCCUCUGUAAAAUUAAAUUACUUUAUAAAUAAACAUAUUGAAGUACUG